UUAUGCGCUGAAAAGUUUAACAAGAUGGAGGGAUUGCUAUUGGCUGCCUUCAAUGGCGGCGCAGGGUUGAAGUUGAACACACCUGUUAGAGACUGCAAUUACUUUACCAGACCAGACAAGCCCAGAAUCAUAUUCUAAAUCUGCAUUUGGCCAGUCAUCGACAUGGCUUCAAGGUUUUCUCGCAAGUUUGGAUUCAAUUUCCUCAAUCCAGCGCUUUACCCUCUUCGAAAUCCCUCGCACAGAACCAUUGAUUCCUCUCUCACCAAAAUUGUGAUCCUAAAUCAAGUCGAUCCUCCGACGUUUCUCUUCAAAGCAGCAGCCGGAAUCCACCCGCUGUUCGACCGUCGCCAAGUUUCGCUUCAUUGGAUCGCUAAUUUGAACUCGUUUCAAAACCCUAAUGGCGGAAUCAGAUUCCUAUCCACCUCAAAUCCGCCUCCCUCUCCAUCCGGCGACGAAGUCCCCAAAACUCCAGGCGAUAAUCCGAGCCAGAAUCACGAAUUUAAGCACCAGGAAAUCACCGGACCAACCGUGGAGCGUGAUUUAUCAGCUCUAGCGAACGAGACUCGCGAAGUUCUUGAGGCGAUGAUGAAGUCCGUUUAUAGUUUGAGCAAGGUUUUGGCUGGUUUAGGGCUCGUGCAUCUUAGCUUGGGCGCAUGGAUAUCUUACUCCACGCGGAAUUUGCCUCUUCCGGAGGCGUCAAUUCAGAGCUUGCUGGCGUUUGGGCUGCCAUUCUCGGUUGCAUUCAUGCUCAGGCGGAUGUUGAAGCCGAUGUACUUUUUUAAGAAAAUGGAGGAGCAGGGGAGGCUGCAGAUUUUGACGCUGACUCUUCAGGUAGCUAAGAAUUUGCGUACGUUUUUCGUUCGUGUUCAGGGCGUUUCUUAUCUUUGCAUUGCUGGUGCGUCAGUUGGUUUGAUCUUUGUUGUGGCGUCGAGAUGAUUGAUGUUUGAUCAAUUUUGUUGGUGGCUUAGUAAUAAGGUUAUGAAAUGAUGAUGAUGAUGAUGAUGAUGAUGAUGUUAUGGAUUUGGAAGAAAGAUUAUUGGUUUCUUGCAUCUUGUUUUGUGCUGUUUUCGAUUGCCAUUCAUAUUUAGAAUUGAAAUUUUGUUUCGAUGCAUUUUGUAUUGAUCGAAGAUAUAGCAAAUAUGGAGCAUUUCUAAUUGCAUUUUGUUGUGGAUUCCGAAUAAAGAUUAUUUGUUUCUUGCA